AUGUGUGAAGGACCUUCAUCGAUAUGUGGACCAAUCCCUCCAGACCCGUCACUGUUUCCCCAGUAUUACAAAAGGCCUGCUUCAGCUCUGGGUCGUUUGGAAGGAAACAAACGGGGUACGGCGACCCUGCUGUCAGGGCCCUUCGCUCCAGAUCCUGUACUGCACCCCGAAUGCUACAGCGCGAGAGGUACAGCACGACGUCCACGCAUCAGCGCAAAAGCUUCUCACAUUCUAGAACGUGGGCAGAGAGGUGUCAUAAGGGAGCUCCUGGAAGCGGAUUGUUAUCCUGCCACAGAGAUAAUUAAACCUAAAGAGCGAGAGUUGAACUUCCGUAAAGAGAACAUCCUACGUCUUCGGGAAAUCCAGAGGCGUUGCAAAGAAAGUGAAGCUGAGAGGGCUCGCUCCGCUCCACUCAAAGCUUUGUGGACUUCUUCUAAAUACGACAAUAUCCGAUCCAAAUUCAUGGAAGACUUACAGAUUACCAGUCCGGCCGUGAAACCGCAGUGUCGAAACUUUCUCAAGGCUCACUCUAAAAAUAAAGUGCCGCCGAGACCGCACUCGACAUCCACCGCUGUGACCCUGCGUCAGUCUUGCACACCCAUACAGGACAAGAAUUUGCAAGUGAAAGGCCAGACCAUAGACUUCAUCAGGUAUAAUGCACUGGCUGCAGGAAAAACAAUGCAGAGGUCACAGUCACUGACAAACCUGCAGGAUAAACCAGUGCCCAGUGCUGCGAUAGGCCAGGUUCCUCAGUACAUAAAAGAGAGGAAAAAGCAGUGGCGUAAAGAGGAGGAGGAGGAGAAAAGGAAGAAACUUAAUCCAUCAGUUCCAGAUGGACACACUUUAAUGACUGACAGCGACAGGCAAGAAACUCUGAAGAGGCUGAAAGAGAAUCAUCGCUCUUUGGUGACAGAGUUGCUGUUGCUGCCGCUUAAAGCGGACAACCUGAGCGUUCGCGCGCGCCGCGCUUACCUCGAUAGAAGACUUUCUGAGAUCGAGGAAGCGAUCAAAAUAUUUUCCAGGGCUAAAGUUUAUGUCAAACUUAAUUCAUAA